UAAAACUUUAAAAGCUAAAUACGAAGGCUUAAAGAGGGCUACAAGAAAAAAGUCUGCCUUGAUACAUGCUGAAACGUAACGUAAAGGAGGUGGCCCUAGUGCUGCUACUCCUCUUACCCCUAUCGAGGAAAAAGUCAAAGACAUGAUAUUGUUGUCUGUCGAAGGAAUUGAAAGUCAAUUUGACUCCGAUCGCAUUGAAAGAGAAUCUAUCCAUUCAGUUGAGGCAGACGUUUGUACACAGAAGGAAGAUUCUAAUGAGGAGCAACCUCCAAAAAGAAAAAUAAGUGAAUGUGGUAGUGCUACCCCAAAAAAAUUGGCAAUUGAAAAGUGGACCAACUGGAAGCCAAAAUCUCUACGUUCCAAAAAACAUCCCGCUUUAUCUACUCCGAAGAUGAAAAGGCCAUUCGAAAAAGUUGCUGAUUCAAAAUUAGAGAUUGCGGAUCUGCAAAAGAAGAUUCUGGAGGUAGAGCUUCUAAAUAAGAGAAAGCAAUGGGCAUUUGAAGAGGAAGAAAGAGAGCAUAAAAGAUAAUUAUGGGCCAUAGAAAAAAAUAUGUUGUUAAAUAAAUUAGAAAAAUAAUCGAUUUUGUGCCUG